AUGCCGGCCCAAGAGACGCCCACAAGACCCCCCACGAGGCUGGCGUGUGAACGAUGUCGAAACCAGAAGCUCCGGUGCGAAUGGCCCAAGGAUGGAACGACCAAGACUUGUCAUAGAUGCAGCCGAAAGGGAGUGUACUGCAUGAGGACGCUCUCCUGUCGCCCCGGAAGACCCUCGCGCUUGCGAGAGGCCAAUGCAACGCCCAUCAGCUCUCCUUCUUUGGUUGAGCAGCAACCGCUACCGCUACUCAUGUCCCCUUUGCCGGUCGAGCAGCAGCCGCUGCCGUUGCCGCCGCUGUCAAAUACAGGAUGGUCGCCAUCCUACAGCCAGGUCACUUUGAUGGACCAUACACCAGACGUCAACACGCCGCAGUAUUCCCCAGGUUUCAACUCCAUGAUGACAACCCAGGAUGGGGAUGUCAUGAGCUCCCUCUCUUCGGAGUGGAGGAGUUUUGAUCUCGCCGGCGUGCUACCGCCGGACGAGAACGCCGAUGACCAACAGGUGGGCUGGUCACUGCCCAGCCCGAGCCCUUCUUCUCUGCAAGACGCGCAGUCGUAUCAGAACCCGCUCAAGACGGUGUGGCCACAACAAGAAGUAUAUCACCCGACUUCCGAGCCUCAGCAACAAGGCUUACAUUCACUUCCGGAACAGUUUCUCGCUUCAGCCCCGAGCCCAUACUCGCCGUCUCCAUCGUUUCCAGACCACCAGAACGUCCAGACGAGGUUCGGAGACGGUGACGUCUGCAACGCCGCUUCUCUCACCAGCCACCUGAUGGGGCUUAUGUAUUUGUGUCAAUCCCAGUUCAGCCUCGAAACUUCAUCAGCGAGCUCAAGCACGUCAACGCCGGGAGGCCCUCGGCGGCAGCAGCACGCAUCGAAGGUAUGCCUAAGCGGGAUACUAACCUGCAUCCAGAGGCUCUUGAGCCUGCUGGCGCCGUACCUGUCCCCCUGGGAUGGGCGGCACGGGUCGCUGUCGGGGGUGAUGGCGGCGGUGAUGGACGGGCCCACGAACCUCCUUAUACUGUCGUGCUACGCCAAGAUCUUCGAGGCCUUCCGCCAGCUCAUGUCGGGAGUCUACAGCCGGCUCCUCAGCGGCCAGGCCACCACCAACCUGUACCGGCUCAAGAUCGACGACAUCGCCAUCGACGGCGACGGCCACCUCGAGAUCCUGAUCCUGAUGCAGAUCAUCACGCACAAGCUCGACACCCUCGGCGCCAUCCUGGGCGUGCCCGCGAAGCACCGCGUCGGUGCGGGCCGCGACCUGAAGCACGCGGGCGGCGCCGCGACCGCCCUCGAGGCAGAUGUGGCGGUGGCAGAACAUCACCGGGUCGCCGAGACGUACUGGGAGGCGGCCUCGCUCGACGACCUGCUUUCGGGAAGCGCGGGGAGCAAGCACGUGUUUGGAGAGGAGGGUAGUCCCAUGGAGAGCGCGGCAGCUGCGUUUAGGGAAGAGCUCCGUCUGAUCAGGGGUCUCCUGGACCACAAAUGGGGGGAGCACAUGGCCGGGUAG